GAAUCGAACGAACAGUCAACUAACUGAACCAAGUGAGCAAAAUGGCAAUUGGAGACGUCAUCACAGUGGAGGUGGAACGCGACCCGCGGCCGGAUUACAGGUUUGCCGGCUGCUGUGUCAAUCGUCAGAGAUUGCAUUCCUUGAUCACAGGCAUGGUACUGUUUUCGUACGGCGGCAUGGAUAUGGCUCAGGGCCUGGGAUGGAAUAUGUACACCGGCAACGCGGACACACAACAGUUUUCAUUCAGUUGGUUCAUUGGCUUCAUUAUUGGAGCCGUUUUGGGUGCCCUCGCUGUGACCCACGUGGCAAAGUUUUAUUUCUAUUGCGUCGCAAUAGUGACGAAUCUGGUGGAUGCGAUCAUCUGUGUGAGUGCACCAUAUAACUAUGAUGCUAUGGUGGCAGCUCGAUACAUUGGCGGUAUUGGCAUUGGCUUUGCAACCAUCGCCUUUCUCAUACACAACUCGGAGGCGGCACCAGACACAGCCCGUGGCAAAUGGUGUGCCGUUGAGCAGUCCGGCAUGGGUCUGGGCAUUGCCGUACAGGUGAUCAUGGACUCUGACUGGAAUCCGUACAAUAACAUUGCCGCCAACCAGGUGCACGGCAUCAUAGGAAUUGUGUUUUCCCUCGUUGCCAUAGGCAUACUGAUAUUGUCCGUGGAGUCUCCCAUCUAUCACUUGCGCCGCAACAAUUACAAUGAGGCAAGCGACUGCCAGUGGCAACUGUUGGAAAAGAAGGCGACCUCAAAGGACUACGAUGCGGCCUUCGAAGAAAAAAAGACUUACGUGUCUGAGGGUGUACAUGAGAGCAUAGGCCAUGAUCUAGCCGUCGCCGUGGUCCCAUUUAUAAAAAUGUUGAUUUGCCGCUGCUUGGUCGCAUUCAGUUUCUCAAUUCCGCUCACCCAAACAAUCAUUGCAAGCACCAUCGUCUGGCAGGGAACCAUGUACGCCUGGCCAAUCAUCGUUUGGAGAGUCUUGCGGUUUCUCGGAACAAUCAUAGGCAUUGUGGUCAUGGAUUUCCUGGGACGCAAGUUGCUCACAAUUGUCGGACUCGCCUGCAUGGGUGGCCUAAUGCUUGGCAUGGCUUCCAUCUAUUCGAACGUGCUCUUUACCAUCAGUACGUAUUACAUGGGUGAGCUAUGUCGCAUAUCCAUGGUAUUCCAAAUGUUUGCCGGCCUCUUUGUUGCCUGUACGCCCGCAUACUUGGGAGAGGCGUUCCCCAUGCGCAUCAAGCCAUUCCUCAUUGCCCUGAUUGUAAUCAUUGAGCAGUUGAUUCACAUCAUUGUGAUUUGCACAUUCAAAACCAGUCUGCAUACCUUCUACCAGUACUAUUUGGCUGUGGGCAUCAUCCUGCUCGUAUGCAUGGUCUUCCUUUUGAUAACACUCCCGGAGACGAAGAAGACGACGCUGCGAGAGGCUGGCCAUAGAUUCCGUCGCCUGCAUGACAUAUUCGCCCAUUAAGGAGGUGUCUCGAAAAAUACCUUGUUAGACAACGUAACCAAUUUGUAGCUAUGAUAUAUAUUCAAAGUAACAUCAAACAUAUCAUAUAUUAUAUAGCAAUGAUUUUCAACCUGAGAGGUCUUGUCUUAAGUUUUAUUUAAGAGCAAUUUGGGAAUCAUCGUAGCUUUACUCGCGGCUAAAUAGACAGUUAGCAAUCUAAUGUAUUAUAACACGAAAAAUAAAAUGAUAAAAAUUAAACAAUUUGAAACACAAAAAGUUCAAGUUAAUCCAAAUGCAACCAAUGCAAUAUAAUCCAA